GGCUGCCAGGCCAGAGCGGUUCGUAGACUUCCGGUUGCCUAGCCCUAGAAUUUUGAGGCUCCCUCCGCUUGAGAAUUGAGCUGUCCGUACAGCCAGGACACUCGGGGUUACAGCACCGAGGGGAUCCAUGGCUCGAGAUAUAAGUCCUGAUCUUUGAACUAAAUAGAAAGUUCCAAGAAGGAGUGAAGGAUGAAGCUCUACAUAUAGUAGCUGCUUGAUAAACCUUUACCAAAGAUUAAAAGGAAUUCCAUGAAGACACCAGUAGCUGAAAUAAUGGUGUUUGAUUUCACGGAGUAAAUUCUCAUUGAGAAGGCAAUUACAAACACACUUGAAGCAAAUGAAAAAAAUAGAGUCUCAGUAGAGAAACAGAAGAUAGAAAGAAAAACUAAAAAGAAAUGUUAGAAAUGAAAAAUAUAACAACCAAAAUUAAAAACACAGUAGAUAGAAUCAACACCAGAAGGAAAGGAGCAAAGGAAAGAAUCAGCAAACUGGAAGUUACAACAAAAAUUACCCAAUCUGAAUAACAGAGAGAAAAUAGACCAAAAAUAAAUAGAGUUUUAGGGACAUGUGAGACUAUAACAAAAGAUCUGACAUUCAUGUCAUCCCAGAAGGAGAGGAGAAAGAGGACAGAACUGAAAAUGUACUUGAAGAAAUAAUGGCUGAAAAUUACCCAAAUUUGUCAAAAGGUAUAAACAGAUUCAAGAGACCAGAUUAAUGUCAAGCAAGAUGAACCCAAAGAAAUCCACAUUAAGACACAUCAUAGUCAAAGUUCCGAAAACUAAAAGAAAGAUAUCUUGAAAGCAGCAAGAGCUAUACCCUUAGCUAUAAGGGUAAACAAUUCAAAUAACAGAGCAUUUUUCAUCAGAAACUAUGGAGACCAGAAGGAAGAGGCAUAAUACUGUUCAAAUGCUGAAAGUAAAGAACUAUCAUCCCAGAAUACUUAUAUCCAGUGAAAAUAUGCUUCAGGAAUGAAGGAGAAAUCAAGACAUUCUAUGAUAAAGGAAAACUAAGAGAAUUUGUAAGACUUACCCUAAAAGAAUGGCUAAAGUAAGUUUUCUAAACAGAAAAGAAACAAUAAAGGAAUUAUGGAGGAAAUAUCAUGACUGAGCAAAAAUAUAAAUGAAUAAAAUGGAUUUUCCUUGAGUUUUCUACAUCAUAUUUAAUGGCUGAAUCAAAAUUUAUUACACUGUUGUUCUAAAUAUAUGUAGAAGAAAAAUUUAAGAUCACUAUAUUAUUAUUUUUUUAACAUCUUUAUUGGGGUAUAAUUGCUUUACAAUGGUGUGUGUGUUUCUGCUUUAUAACAAAGUGAAUCAGUCAUACAUAUACAUAUGUUCCCAUAUCUCCUCCCUCUUGCGUCUCCCUCCCUCCCUAAGAUCACUAUAUUAUUAACGGAGGAAGGUAAAAGUAAAAGUGACAUAAGGUUUCUGUAUUUUACUGACACGGGUAAAAUAUGAUACCAGUAGACUGUUAUAAUUUGUAUAUACAUAUGUGUAUAAUUAUAUAUAUAUAAUAUUAUAUAUAUAUAAUUUAGAGUAACCACUAAAAAAGCUAUAAAAAGAAAUACAUGCAAAAACAUUAUAGAUUAACCAAAAUGGAAUUGCAAAAUAUUUUCAAAAAGGCAGGGAAAAAACCCCAAAGAAAUAGAAAACAAAAUGGUUGACUUAAGACAUAACAUAUUAAUAUUGCAUUAAAUGUAAAUGUCUAAAUACUAUAAUUAAAAGAUAGAGAUUGCCACACACAUACACACAGAGUUAUCUCAUCCAAAAUGUCAAUAGUGCCAAUAUUAAGAGAUGCUGAACUGAGUCUAAUUAAAGUCUAGACCCUAGACUUUCAACAAAUUCAUGUUUUCUACUGCAUACACACUGCUGCUUUCCAAGGUAGCUGGUGUUGACAGUACUGAGCCUUUCUGAAGUUCUGCAGCUCCCUUCCCCACCUGACCAAGUUAACAGAGGGAAGAAAGCUGAAAUCUGUCAGUUAUAAUUCAUUCACCCCUUUCCAUCUUCCAGAAUUUUGUUGACAGCUUUUAUCUAUUAUUUCCUCUCCCUUUGUCUUUAAGAAUCUGUUCCUUUACUCUAGUUUAAAUGGGGGAAAAAUAGAGAAAGAGAAAUAAAUACCUGUGCUCAGCCUUCGUGUUUUAUUAGAAAGCCCCACACUUUUUCUCGCAAAUGAAAUUAAAAUCAAUUUAUCAAAUUCUAAAAAAUUUUUUUAAAUCAAUUUUGAUUAGCAGAUUGGUAACCUUUAUAACCUUGGAGUGGGGAAGACUUUUCUAACAAAGAUUCAAAGUCCAGAAUCUGUAAAAGAAAAGGCUGAACCCUACAGAUAUCCAAAAAUGAUUGAGAUUGAACAGGCAGAGGCCCAGCUCUCUGAGUUAGACCUGCUAGCCAGUAUGUUCCCCGGUGUGAAUGAGCUCAUAGUGAAUGACCAGCUGGCUUUAGCAGAACUAAAAGAUUGUAUUGAAAAGAGGACAAUGGAAGGACGAUCUUCAAAAGUUUACUUUACUAUCACUAUGAACGUGGACAUAUCUGAGGAAGCAGUGGUGAUGUUUUCUCUGGCCUGUGUUCUUCCCUUUAAAUACCCUGCAGUUCUGCCUGAAAUUACUGUCAGAUCAGUAUUAUUAAGUAGAUCCCAGCAGGCUCAGCUGAAUACAGAUCUGACCACAUACCUACAAAAGAAUUGUCUUGGAGAUGUCUGUAUAUUGAAUGCCACAGAGUGGGUUAGAGAACACGCUUCUGACUAUGUCAGCAAAGACAACACACCUUCCCCUGUUUCAGGAAGUACAGUCCAGCCAGUUGACCUCAUUCUCACAAGACUCUGGAUCUACAGCCAUCACAUCUACAACAAAUGCAAAAGAAAGAACAUUCUAGAGUGGGCAAAGGAGCUUUCCCUAUCUGGGUUUAGCAUGCCUGGGAAACCUGGUGUUGUUUGUGUGGAAGGCCCACAAAGUGCCUGUGAAGAAUUCUGGUCAAGACUCAGGAAAUUAAACUGGAAGAGAAUUUUAAUUCGCCAUCGAGAAGACAUUGCUUUUGAUGGUACAAAUGAGGAAAUGGAAAGACAAAGAAAAUUUUCAGUUUUUGAAGAAAAAGUAUUCAGUGUUAAUGGAGCCAGAGGAAACCACAUGGACUUUGGUCAACUGUAUCAGUUUUUAAAUGCCAAAGGAUGUGGGGAUGUUUUCCAGAUGCUCUUUGGUGUGGAAGGACAAGGAGCAGAAGAGUAGUUGAAAGUGUUUUGCUACUGUUGGUCUUUUGACUUUCUCCCCGACUCUUUCUUGAAAGAUUAAGUAAUUUCCCUUUAGUCCCAUUCUAAAAUGUUAAGGGGGAGAAAAAGAGGAAAAGUAGUAUAGCUGAAAUGCAUCUGUUAAAAAUAUUCAUGAUUGAAUGCGGAA